UCUAAUACACCCUUUCUGACAGGAAUCUGCAGGAACUCAGAGGAGGUUUCACGCUCCAGCAGUCAGUCAUCAUGUCAGACAGAGGUGCAUUUGAUACCAAUGUGGUGACCCUCACUAGGUUUGUCUUGGAAGAAGGCAGAAAAGCCAAAGGAACGGGGGAGCUUACAACCCUUCUCAACUCCAUGUGCACAGCCGUCAAAGCCAUUUCCACAGCUGUCAGAAAAGCCGGGAUUGCCAAUCUCUAUGGAAUUGCCGGGAGCACAAAUGUUACAGGUGACCAAGUGAAAAAGUUGGAUGUCCUGUCCAAUGAUCUUGUUAUAAACAUGAUUAAAUCCUCCUUCACAUCCUGUGUUUUGGUGUCUGAAGAAGAUGAGAAGGCCAUUAUUGUAGAACCAGAGAAAAGGGGCAAAUAUGUGGUUUGCUUUGACCCCCUGGAUGGCUCUUCAAACAUUGACUGCUUAGCUUCUAUUGGAACCAUUUUUGCAAUCUACAGAAAGGAAACUGAUGAUGAGCCCUCAGAGAAGGAUGCUUUGAGGAGCGGCAGAAACAUUGUGGCAGCAGGGUAUGCUCUCUAUGGCAGUGCUACCAUGAUGGUUCUCUCCACAGGCCAGGGAGUCAACUGCUUUAUGCUUGAUCCUGCCAUCGGUGAGUUCAUACUUGUGGACCAGAAUGUCAGGAUUAAGAAGAAGGGAAAGAUAUACAGUCUCAAUGAAGGCUACGCACAGCAUUUUUACCCAGAUGUCACAGAAUAUCUGCAAAAGAAGAAAUUCCCAGAGGAUGGCAGCUCACCCUAUGGAGGGCGCUAUGUGGGCUCCAUGGUAGCUGAUGUGCACAGGACGCUGGUCUAUGGUGGAAUUUUCCUGUACCCUGCUAAUGUCAAGAGCCCCAAGGGCAAGCUGAGGCUGUUGUAUGAGUGCAACCCCAUGGCGUUCAUCGUGGAGCAGGCCGGAGGUAUGGCAACAACAGGAGCCACAAAUGUUCUAGACAUCAAACCCGACUCAAUCCACCAGAGGGUUCCUGUAGUGCUGGGCUCCCCUGAUGAUGUGCAGGAGUAUAUCUCCAUAUACAAGAAACACGCCAAAUGAGAUGCGCAUUUUUUUAAAUUGACUACAACCAUCAUCAUCCCACUGAACCUCAAAAACAAAUAGUGAAACAGAAGGACAAAACAUGAAGCAUGUUGUAUAUAGGGAACAAGAAGUUUCCAUUUUAAGUUCCAUUUUCACAAUUGUUUGUUCUGUGUCAUUUUUUUUUACUUUUAUGGCCCCUAGUUAUGGGAUUCAUAAUAAUAAUAAAAAGAGAUUAUAAGUAUAUAUAAUCUGAUCCCACAAUGUAAAGUGACUGCCAUUAAGCCCUAAAUACCUCUGUUCACCUCGAAAAUAAAAUCAGAACUUUGUUUGAA